GCGUCCUGCCGCCCCACAGCUGACUUUGAUCACCUCCGAAGGAAGGCUGGCCCGCUGGAUAUAUAAUGCCAUUCUUAGCGAAGUCGAAUCACUCCCGGCUGAACAACAGUAGUACUGGAUCACAAUGGCAGUCGUGCACGGAAACCUGGGGAAUGGACACUUAAAACAAUUCCAGCUGUUUCCUACGACGGAUAUGGAAAGGAGGAACGUGCACGCGACAGAUUACGCCGCUCCGGACAGGAUGAAGUUCCUCCACGGCGCGUCCAGAGCGGAAAGCGCGAGCUUGUUUACGCACCGCAGAAAACGCACCAACUUCACGCAGCAGCAGAUCGACGUCCUGGAGAAGGUUUACCUGGACACCAAAUACCCCGACAUUUAUUUAAGAGAGAAGCUCGAGGCGCUGACCGGCUUGCCAGAGUCGAGAAUUCAGGUCUGGUUCCAGAACAGGAGAGCCAAGUCAAGACGGCAAGUGGGAAUUCCUCUUCCAAAUAAGUCCAGUGGAAAUGUCCUGACCCCCAUCGGUCUCCUUAUGAACCAGUUUACGACGCAUCAGAACCACACCGGCCUGGAGACACAAAGACCGGCAAACUUCAGCCAACAGCUGAUCAACGCCGACGAGAAGAUCUGCGCCAUGAAAGGCGACAUGUACAGCCCAACUACAAUUUCGUGCAUGUUCGGCAGAACCGAGGAGAACCAGAUCAAGACGGAUCACCUGAGUGUUGUGGUGCCACGCAAUUACGCACAGCAGUAUCCAAAAGGACACGGACAGUUCAUGAACACAAGCCAUACUGAGCCUCCAAUGAAGCAGUUUUUGGUGGAGUAUGAUAACUUCCCUCCGAACAAGACCAUCGGGCCAGAGAUGAAGGUUGUUAUUCCACCUCUCCCUUCGCAGAAUAACUUCGUGAUGUCUUCAUCGUCCCCCAAACAUGUCGCCUGCUCCGUCCAAAACCUACCAGUAAAGGUUCAGCCGGAAAGUUUUGGAACUUUCUCUCCCAUUAGAGCAAGCGAAGCCGUCGAGUUCUCAGACUCCGACUCGGAUUGGGAAAGAGAAGCCAUGUCUGGUUUUAACGUGUUCAUGUAACGUUUCCACAAUUUGUCGCUCGGACUUUAUCUGAAGCUUUGAAGAACAUUUUUAAGCUUUGAAAAUCAGAUAUUUAUUGUAUAUUUCAGAUAUUAUUGUAUAUUGUUAUGUGCGAUUAUCACAAAAUAUGGGUGUGAAGGAAAACAUUCUACAUAAAUUUUUCUUU